UUUCUAUCAGAUGUAAAAUGGACGAGCGGUCGUGUUGUUGUGCGCUCGCGAACUCCGCGUGUUUGUUGUAAAAUCGAUGUUUAUUUUGACGUGAAUACGAAUAUUGUUUACGCGAUCAUUCGACUACUUCGGAGUACGGUUACCGAAGGAGAUUGUGUUGUGCAUGUGUUUUAUUUGACGCUUACGCUCACUUUACUUGCAGUGAUUUUGCUGAUAGCUCACUCACCGGUGGGUGCACGCGUGAAAAACUACGUGUUCGUUUAAUAAAAAGCGAAUAUUCCUUAAGUGAUUGUGUUUUGGUACCAUCAUGCUGUGCACGGUGACAUAGUGAACGUUAAGUUGACCCUGACCUCUGACAAUCAUGUCUGGGCGAUCGGAUUGCAGGAAAUUUGCACCGAACAUCUUCAAUAAAAGCAAGUGCACUAAUUGCUUCCGCCAGAAGGAGGAGCAUAGUGCCGAGGCCUUGGAAUCUAAUCGGGCCAGUCGAAAGAUAUCAAAAUGUGGAUAUCUUUUCGUGGCGCCGGGCUGGGACUUUUCCAAUCCGCUCUACAGAACAAAGAGAUGGCAGCGGAGGUGGUUCGUCCUAUACGACGACGGAGAGUUGACGUACUCUUUGGACGAACACCCAGACACAGUCCCGCAGGCGAGCGUGGACAUGACGUCCGUGCUGGAAGUGAGCGAGGCAGACGGUGUGACGGGGCACGCGCACAGCCUGGCCAUCACCGCCCCCGACCGCGUCACCUUCGUCAAAGGCACCAGCCGCGAAGAGGCGCGCUGGUGGGCCGACAUACUCAGCAUGUACCCCAGGAGUAAGGGUCGACACAAACGCAACGCCACCUUUCCCGGUGGUCAGACCGGCAGCCUUCUACAAUCUUCCACAACGAGAAAGUACUCCGCGGACGCGUCUACACUUCGCGACGCAGCGGAGGGUUGCGGGGCGGGCGUGACAAGGACGCGGUGCUGCGCCGGCGCCACAACAUGGCCCGGGCCGCGCGUGCAGCCGCCGCAGCCAGAAAUCGCCAGCCUCGCGCCACCACCCAACAUCGACACCAAAGGUAACCAAUUACCAUCCAUCAUUGUAUUCCGACGCGGCCCGGCCGGUUGGUCGCGCCACUGGUUCGUGUUGCGCGGCGCAGCGCUGCUCUACUUCCGCGACCCGCACGCCGAGCACCGCGGCCUACUCGACGGCGUUAUCGACCUCAGCGGCGUCGCCAACGUCGUAGAGUUGCCCACCUCCGCUUCCACCAAUGGAUACGCUUUUGAAACUGAGUUCUCGUCGUUGCAGACGUGGGACGGCAAGCACAUCGUGCUAGCAGCGGUGACGGCGGGCAUCAGAGCGAACUGGGUCUCGGCGAUCCGCAGGACGGCCGGCCUGCCCGACAACGGACCGCUGUCUUUGAUUCUGCGAGAGGACAGUUUGGAUCAAGUGUCCGAGUCCUCCACUUCACCCGUGACGCCGAUUACACCAAAUACCGGAAAAUCUGCACCGUUCUCGUCGGACGAGGAGUACAGAACGGCGUCCGAGGGCGGGAGGAGAGACAGCGCGGAUUGGGGAGACAUGACGCAGCCGCCGGCCUCGCCCAUCCUCAAUCGCACUCCCAUCUCCAGAGUCAAGGAAAAGGUUCGCGCUAGAUCCUGUCAUCAACCACUGAUGAGAACGGAUUUCAAAGACGAAAAGGACGAAAUAGAUUCAACCAAAGAACGCUCCAUAAACGAAGUGGACGAAAAUGAGAAGCCAGCCGAGCAGAGAAAGCGUAGUUACAUUUCAACUAUUGACAAACAGGCGAUAGAAAUUGAUGAUUUACGAAAACAGCUAAAAUUAGCGCUGAGUGACGUUAAUGCGGCGGAGUCCGAGCUCGCGAGACUACGAAAACUGAAAACCGAGGCGGCGCUACGAGAAAAGAAAAUGGAAGAACUGGUGACGACCUUACAAAAGAAAGAGGAAGAACUUUCUGUACGUACUAAAGAAGCAGAAAACUUAAACGCGAUAAAACAGCUUUACAAUCACGAUAAAACCUCGUGGGAGACGAAGCUUACAGAAACCCAACAGUUUUUAAAGGAAUCGACGGAACACUGCGAGUUACUAACGAGGCAGCUAGCAUCGGCCCAAGAAAACAUUAAACAGUUGCAACGAGAAUUGAACGAACUCAAUGAAAAGCUUCUUAAAAGCGUUAAAGAAAAUGAGAGCUUAUACUCUAGGAUCAGAGAUUUGGAAGGUCGUGCAGGAUCAGAAUCCCCAUCUAAGGAAAAGAGGAAGAGCAUCGGAUCACUAAGCGAUCUCACGAACAUAAAUCAAGACCUUAACUUGGAUUCCUUGGAAAGGAAUAGACUUAUCGAGGAAUAUGUUGAACUGAGAGGAAGGUUUUUAAAAGCCAUUCAAGAAAUCAAAGCCAUGAAGAAGGAGCUCCGAGAGGCACACAACAUGUAUGACGAACUCGAAAUAACGAAUAUGAAAUUAAGAAAUGAAAUGAAGCUUAGAGAACAAUGUAGCAGAUCAGAAAUAAAUCUAAUGGCAGCUAAAAUUUUAGAUCUGACGCAAAAAUUGACGGCGUCCGACAAGCAAGUGCGGACGCUGAAGCAUAAGAUACAAAAAACUGAGUCAAGGGAGAAAAGACGCAGCUUGUCACUAAAGGGACGGGAAUCUUUUUCCCUAGGUAAGGAACUUGAAGAAAAAUUAACAGAGUUAGAGAAUAAAAUUUCCCUUCUCGAAACCGGCGAAGCGGUUCCUACCAUACAGUCUCCUUCCAAAAGUGGAUCACCUGCCAAAGAAAAACCAGCAAAGAAUGACAAUAUUACGGACGAGAAGCGUUUGAAAAGGUUAGCAGCGCGAUUACGAAGAAAGUCCUUAGAUAGCGCUACAAGUUCUGAACCCAUGAAAAUGUUAGUCCGCCUGAGUUCAUUGGAAACCAAAAUUUCAUCUGCUAUUGAAAAUCGGCGAGACUUAACAAAUUCCUGUGAAUCCUUGAGCAUAGCAAGCACCACCACCGGAACCACCGUCUCUCCUGACAACCCCUCAAUGAACGAAAGUCAGGAGAGCUCAAUCGGUACACAAUCACAAAGGCAUCUGCUCGAUCGGUUACAGAGUCUUGAAAAUGUGGUCAUACAUUCGAGAAAUAAAGUAAAUGAAUGUCUUUGUCAAAUGAGUGCCAUGAGGGCCGCGAAAUCCCGUCGAUCCCCAUCACCGAGUCUGGAGAAAAAAUAUAGCAUUAAAUCAAUGGAGAAGUGCUUGUCUGAUGUCAGUAAAAGGUUACAGGAGUGUUUCGACAAAUGUGUCGUGGAGUGCCAAGACAAGGAGGAAAUAAACGAUAGCGUAGCGGAGGUUGUCGUUCAGCUAGAAGAACAACUAAGGACGAAAUUACUAGAAAUAUCUAAGAAAAAGGCAGCUCUAUACGAGGCCGGCGAGUUGACGCAACGAAAGAGCUUAGAAAUACUGGCAGAGAAGUUGGCGUACGAGGCCGUCCUCAUCGGCAGGAUACAGGAGGCUCUACAAUCUUCCAACGGAAGCAAAUUCUUCGCUAGGUUAAUAAAGUCUGAAAUAAACGAAACUAGUCAACUAAUCGAUAACCUUAAGUCUAAGAUUAACGGUGAAAAUUGCAAGAACAUUAAUAACACGAAGAGCUCGCUCGACUACCUAGCGAGGAUACUGUCGCGGAAAAUCGACAUAAUGAACAACAAAGAUACGAAGGAGUUCAGAAAAUCCGAACUAAUAAUUCAAAGCGCAGACCUCGAGGCUCUGAAGGCGUCACAGAAGGAAGUAGCGGAGGCCGUCGAUAAGUACAAGAGUGAGAAGCUGGCGGAACUGUGCUCGGCGCUCGCUUGCGAAACGCUUAGCCACGCCGCGCCCGUCGACGGCGACCUCGACCAGCAACGGGCUAACGUGGAAGCGGCGCGCGUCCGGGAGGCGUGGGCGGCCGCGCGCGACGCCCUGGGCGGCGAGCUGGUGCAGGCCGAGGUGGCACGAGCUUUGGCCCGCGCCGCGCAGGCCUGCGACGAGCGGCUGGACGAGGCUCGCCGCGGCCGCCUCACGCUGACCGCGCAGGACCGCGCCGACCUCGAGCUGUGGUGGCAGGCGGCGCACGACCACCUGCGCUGCGAGAUGGACGCCGCCGUACGAGACAUCGCGGCGCGCUACCGCGAGUGCCUGGCCGCCGACCGCCGCGCCAAGGAGGGCUCCCCGGGACUCGACAGCCGCGCGUCCCUGCUGCAGCUGGCCGACGUCCUCGCCCACAAGGCGCUGGUGGACGCGCGCGUCGCCGUCGUCGAGGGCACCUACCGCGCCUCCGAGCGGCCUGACGCGACGCCGCGCGAAGAUGCGCUGUCCUCGCUGGAGACGGACCCCGCCUGCGAGGCGGAGUUCGUCUACCUCUUCCAGCACUUCUCGAACGAGUGCCGAGCGCUCUUCUCCAGUGACUGUUCGAGCAACAGUGAAGACUCGAUGAAGAUCGGCGAGAGCCUCGAGCGGGUGGAGCGGGCCGUGGCGGCGGUGGAGCGGCGGCUGGGCGGCGAGGAGGGCGACGAGCGGGACGACGCGACCGAGUGGCGGGGCGGGCUGCUGGAGCGCGUGGAAGCGCUGCGCAGCCGAGUGGAGGCGCUGCAGGAGCUGGUGCCCUGCCGGCACUGCAGGCGGCUGCAGGAGGCGCUGGACCGGCUGGCGGCGGAGCGCGCGCGCGGCGAGUGUGCGCUGGCGCAGCAGGCGGGCGCGCUGGCGGCGGCGCGGCGAGCGCGCGCGCAGCUGCAGGCGCAGCACGAGCGCGAGAGGGCCGCACUGAGGGAGCGCGCCCGCACGCUGCAGCGCCGCCUGGCCGCGCUCGACUCCGAGUACUCCGCUCAACUCGACAGCCUUCGCGCCGCCUAUCAGAGCGCGGUGGCGGCGGACACUCACGGCGACGGACUGCGCGCGCGCUACCAGCAGGAGAUCGAGCAGCUGCGCGCGCUGUGUGAGAAAGGCCUGCUAGCCAUGGAGAGCUCGCACCGCCGCAUCGUACGCGAGAUGGAGGAGAAGCACCGCGCCGAGCGCGAGCAGCUGAGACUGGACAAGGAGCAGGCGCUGGCGGAGGAGACGCGGGCGACGCUGGCGGCGCUGGACGCGAUGCGGAAGGCGCACGAGAGCGAGGUGCGCCGCGAGGUCGACAAGUUCAAGGCGGAGUUCCUGGCGCGCGCCGCACACGACGACCUCGGACAGCUCAGCUCGCGUCACCAGCAGGAGAUGGAGGAAAUAAAGCGCGAGAUCCUGUCGCUGUCGGAGAAGUACUCGGUGAAGUGCGUGGAGUCUGCGGCGCUGGAGGAGCGGCUGGCGGCGGCCACCGCGCAGCUCGCGCAGGCGCACAACCACGUGAUGCAGCUCGACGCCAGAAACAAACAGCUUCGUGCGCACAUAAUGUCUGAAGCGAACGAGAUGAAGAACUCCGAGGCGGCCGCGCUCGCGCAGCUCAUAGAGGACACCGCGGCGGCGAAGUCGCCGAAGAGCAACAGCGUGUCGGAGGCGCGGCCGCGGGGCAAGCUGCAGUUCGCGACAGAGCCGCGCACCUCCCUGCAGCUCUCGCCCGUACAGAACUGAAGGUUUCCCCUCUGGCGGGGCUGGUCGCCGCACGCAAGAAGCGCUUCGAGCAAUGAGCGGCGACGCCGGCGACAUCCAGCGGCGAAAACAUCACAAAACUAACUAUAAGCCUCUUCUUAGGAAACACAGCUUUAAGCGUAUGGCCUUAAAGACGAUUUUUGAUAACAUGGUCUUUUGACGAAAUAUCGUAGGCGUAUGAAUAUAGUUCUCCUGUAGGAUGACGUCACGACGCACCCACCACGCUAGCACCUGGCCACUUCGCUUCAUAUUAUCAAAUAAACAAAUUAAUAUAAACUCUUUUAGUACCAUACAGACAGAUUGACUUAAUUUAUUUAUAUAAAAAGCAUUGAGUUAACAAUAUAUUAGACAAGGUUUUUAUUAUAAAAACUAGCUUUGUUUUCGCUUUGUAUUGACGAGAUCGUGAGAUCGAUUAAAGCAGACAGAACUGUUAUGUUGUUAGGUUAGUUCCACUCAGACCAAAAAUUACUUUUUCUACAAAAAGUGGCCAGAACUUUUAACUCCCACCCACCACGAAAAUGUAUAUAACUAUUGUUUGCAUUGUUAUUUACUUAUUUCAUUAAGUGUAUAUUACUUUUAUCUUAUAAUUUCUAAACUUAUAACAAAUAUUUAAUAACUUAAUAUUGUGUGCAAGUAGCACUGAAAGUCUUUUUUCUUUUUUGCUGCUGCGUAGAGCAAAAGUAUUGCUGCAUCAGUGGUAUAGAGGGCUUAUCUUUUGUCUGCGCCUGCGCAGUUAAGUGUAGACUCAGGUUAGUGAUGAGUUAAAGUUGUUUAGAAGCGGCAAUGUAACAUUGUGUAUAUACUAACCUCUCCCUAUUGUUCUAGCUCGUGUUCUAGUGAAUGCUGGUUUUAUCUUUUAAGUUGUUCGUUACCAAAUAUAUGUUAUUUAUGAGUUCUAUUGACAUUUGUUAAGACGACACUCCCGGCGGCGCGGUGCAUUGCGCGCUGGAGCUGGCGAAGGCCGCGGCACCGGCCCGCCCGGCGCGCAAUGUACCGUCUCCAGUCGGCUGUGUCUUAAUGCUAAGAUAUAAUGUCUCUUGUUUAUUUUUGUAGAUUUAUACAUAGAUAUACGUAUAUUAUGCGCAUUUGGGUGUAGUACACGUGUAGUAUGAAAUUUUUAAUGGAUUUUUAUGGCACGUUUUUUUAAAUUUAAUGCUUGAUGUUAGAAACUUUUUGUUUU